GAAGUUGAAGACCCAGCUGAAGGAGAUAGACAAGCGCAAGGAAGGAGAGAUAGCGGAGAGGAACGGGGGAAUAGAGCCAUCGUUAAGAAACUGUUUCUCAGGCCUUUGGUCAAGUGUGUGAGCGGCUUCUCGCCUUGAGCUGCUUGGUGAGGUAGUGAGUAGUGGUCAGUUAGAAACAGACUGACAGGAUAAAGAAAAAAAACCCCAAAUACUACUACUACUACUACUACUACUUCUACUGCUGCUGCCGCUGCUGUCAACUGCCUGCUUCAUGGCCGUCACCCAAGCUGUGCUCCCUUCCUUCAGCUCCUUUUCAAACCUCACUGAUAUGAAAGUGUGGAACUCGGAUGGCGACUCGCCUCCUCUAGGCCCUGAGCAACUGCAACUCUCCCAGCAGACGACUGACGGGCUCCAAGAGGACGACAGCCAGGCAUGCUGGGAUAUUGAGUUGUUCCUGUCCGAGUUGUGCAGCACAUCGCCUGAACUCAGUCCCUCCCUGGACCACAACGUAGAGAUGUUGCAACAACAGCUGGACUCGGACAUAGUGUACCAGGCUGGAGGCAUGCUUAAAGACCGAGCCGAUCAGGAUCAGACGGAUGGAUGUCCGAUGGCUGAGUUCAUACCUCCGACGGCCCAACAGGAAGUGUACCACCAAUAUUACAACAACGCCCUGGCAGGGCGGACAAAUGUCGAUCCGUUUGGUUUCUCUCAGGAGAGACCCAUCCCACCGUGGGAGCAGAACCCGUAUUACCCACCUCAGCAUCCUCCUUUGGUGCCCUUCCAUGAGGUCCGAUUGGUACCGAUCCAAGCUGCAACCUCCGACCCUCGACACUACAGCUACCCGCUUCACUUCAACCACAAUGCCAGCCUUUUCUGUGACUACACCUGCAGCCAGCCUCAUCAACAAAGGCUGGGACCGCAGCCGUCCCCCGGUGGGGCGCAGGUGAAGCGCGGGCGACGGUCGACGGGGAAAAAGACGGCAGCCAUCCAUGGCUGUGACUACCCAGGAUGCAGAAAGACCUACACGAAGAGCUCCCACCUCAAGGCUCACCUGCGCACACACACAGGGGAGAAACCUUACCAGUGUUCGUGGGAAGGCUGCAGCUGGAAGUUUGCUCGUUCUGAUGAGUUGACCCGUCACUACCGCAAGCACACGGGGCAAAAACCCUACGAAUGUGUGCUUUGUCAGAGGGCUUUCUCACGCUCCGACCACUUGGCGCUGCACAUGAAGAGACACACCUAACGCUCAAAACGCUGCUAAUCAAUCAUUCCACCAAUGACACAAAAAAUACACCAAAUGUACGUAAUGGAACAAGAAAAAGCUUUUCUUACUAGGUGCAUGUAUGUGGUUUUUAACCUUUUUUUUUUUUUUUUAAAUUGCAUGCACAUGCGUCAAGGCCAAAAGUGUUGGAUGAAUGGAAACAGGUGGAUACACAGUUUAAUUAUGUGUACCUUCUUCCAUCUAACAAAACAGCAUGUCAUUGUUCUGCCUGGCAUAGAUAAAUGAGUGAACAUCAAUUAUUUGUAAAAUAAAGCAAAAUUGAAAAUAGAGCAAAAAUACAUAAUGUAAUAAUAAAGAGCUGAUAUUAAAGUUAAAGUACCAAUGAUUGUCACACACACACACUGGGUGUUGCAAAAUUAUUUUCUGCAUUUGACCCAUCACCCUUCAUCACCCCCUGGGAGGUGAGGGGAGCAGUGAGUAGCAGCGGUGGCCACGCCCGGGAAUCAUUUUUGGUUAUUUAACCCCCAAUUCCAACCCGUGAUGCUGACUGCCAAGCAGGGAGGUAAUGAGUCCCAUUUUUAUAGUCUUUGGUAUGACGCGACUUGGGUUUGAACUCACAACCUACCGAUCUCAGGGCAGACACUCUAUGUUGACACUAAUAACAUACCAUUUUUGAAUUAGGUACAUGUAUAAUGUUUUAUAGCCUUUUUGAAAAAUGACAUGCACAUGCAUCAUGGCUAAAAAUGUAUGAAUGGAAACAAGUGGAUGCACAGCUUCAUUAUUUAUAUCUUCUGAUAGCGAAAGAGCGUUUAUUUGUUAUGCCUGCCAUAAACAAAUGAGCAAACAAUUAUUUGUAAAAUAAAGCAAAAAUCAAAAUAGAGCAAAAAUACAUAAUGGAACAAUAAGAAGCGGAUAUGUUGCUACUAAUAACUUAACAUACCAUUUUUAAAUUAGGUACAUGUAUACUUUUUGAAAAAAAUAAAAAUAAAAAAUUACACAUGCGUCAUGGCCAAAAAUGUAUGAAUGAAAACAGGUGGAUGUACAGGUAAUUAUUUAUAUCUUCUGAUAGUGAAAGACCUUUUAAUUGUUCUGCCUGGCAAAGGUAAAUGAGCAAAUAUACAUCACUUUUAGCUAAUAACUACAGGACAAGGUUUUCAAGAAAUUCAUGUAUGUCCUGCAGUUUGUAGAAUAAAGCAAAAAAAAAAAAAAAAAGAGCAAAAUGCAUAUUGUAACAUGAAUAAGCUGAUAUGUUGAUACCAACAAGUAAGAACUCAGCAGGCACAAGAAAUUGAUAAAACGUUGAUUACACAUCCAUGUCCUUCAAAACUGACUUUGAAACAAUGUUGCAAAAUAGUUUGUGAAUUGCGACAAUGUUGAUGUCUAACGUAAUUUUUUUUACUACAUUAUAAUAUUUAUUUAUAAUGUCAUAUUAUAUCUUAUUAUGUUUUCUUUUUAUUUUGUUAUUUGUCUCUUCUUUGCCUGUAUUUCUUUGUGGUGUACAGCCCUUUGUUCUUCAACUGGGGUUGUUUUUAAAGGGCUUUAUAAAUAAAGUUGGUAUGCUAACGUCGCAUCCACAUUGUUGGUUGGAAAAUUCCCAAAUGUCAAAUGAAGAUCAGAACGCAACAUUGAUUAAAUGUUGUCAAAAAGCAUGUUGUUCCAACGUUAUGUUUGAGUUACUCAACGUCAGGACUUAAUUCAACAAGUUCUCAACUCUGUGCCUGCUAGGAACACACAUUUUUAAUUUUCUACAUAUAUAACUUUUGUUUGCCUUUUUGAAAAAUGACAUGCACAUGCGUCAUGGCCAAGUAUGCAAAAUAGACGAUGGCGUCAUCCAUACACCCUAAAGGCCUCCCCCCUCAAACCCUAGCCACAAAUAGAUGUAGUAGUCCCAAGGCUAAGCUCAGCCACACACUGGAAAAAAUGCUCCUCAUAAAAGAGUUAAAACAAUGUUUAUAAAAGUUAUUUUUGCUUUUAAUAAGAAGACUAAUCCGCCAAUGGAACAAGUCAAAAUUGUCUUGGUAAGAUUUCUUAAAAUAUUGUAUUUAAGCUUUGAAAAUGUCAAAGUGAUCUUGAAAUUUGCAAUUUAAACUCCUUAGCUAUACUUACUAGUAUUGGGAAGUUUUGUGUCUGAUAAAUUGUGGCGCUCAAAAAGUUAUAGUGUGCCUAAAAACACAUUCUUAUGUCUCCCUGAAAAAGUAAUACUCAGGGGAUUGUGACUUGUACUGACUUAGUUUGGAUAUUUGGACUAGAAAUGAGAAAUAUAUAUUUCCAGUGAGAUUCGAAGUUUUUCCAGUGUAAGUACUUUUCAGACUAUUAAGUGAAAUUGAGUAAUGUGCCACGGCCCAUUAGUUGGGCCUCUUAAUCAGGGGUCCCCAAACUUCCACUCGGAGGCCGUAUCGGCUUAAAACAAGUCGGCCGGGGGCCUGGCUGUGUUUGUACGUAUGUAUGUCUAUGUACAUAUAUAUAUAUAUAUAUGUCUAUGUGUGUAUAUAUAUAUAUAUUCCUCUGGAUCUUUCUGUGUGGAGUUUGCAUGUUCUCCCCAUGACUGCGUGGGUUCCCUCCGGGUACUCCGGCUUCCUCCCACCUCCAAAGACAUGCACCUGGGGAUAGGUUGAUUGGCAACACUAAAUGGUCCCUAGUGUGUGAAUGUUGUCUGUCUAUCUGUGUUGGUCCUGCGAUGAAUUGGCAACUUGUCCAGGGUGUACACCGCCUUCCGCCCGAUUGUAGCUGAGAUAGGCAGCAGCGCCCCCCGCAACUUCAAAGGGAAUAAGUGGUAGGAAAUGGAUGGAUGGAUAGAUAUAUUCCUCGCAAACUAAUUGACUGAAAGGGCGCGCAAAUGCCGACACUGCGGCGGGAGCGAAGAUAAUGUCACGUUAUCCAUGGGAAAAUGCAUUUUUAGACAAUAUGAUUUGCCUGAGCGGCAAGGAUACACAGAGAGUAACAAGCGGUAGAAAAUGGAUUAGAAAGGACAUAUUUUUUUGAAUAAUAAUACAAACAUUAAAAAAAAGGUUGUUUUUAAACUUGGGACUUACCUUCCGCCCGAAUGCAGCUGAGCCCGUGACCCCAAAAGUGACAAACGGUAGAAAAUGGAUGGAUGGAUGGAUGGACUUCCCACGGGCUAGAUUUUGAAGACCUCAGCUCUAGAUUGACAGAGUUUUGGGAAAUUAUUGUUUUAUUUCUUGACAUAUUCUGUUGUUGAAUGUACUGCAUUACAUGCUUGGUAGGCAAAAUACACCAAAUCAAAUACUGCAUUACAUGCUUGGUAGGCAAAAUACACCAAAUUAAAUACUGCAUUACAUGCUUGGUAGGCAAAAUACACCAAAUCAAAUACUGCAUUACAUGCUUGGUAGGCAAAAUACACCAAAUCAAAUACUGCAUUACAUGCUUGGUAGGCAAAAUACACCAAAUCAAAUACUGCAUUACAUGCUUGGUAGGCAAAAUACACCAAAUUAAAUACUGCAUUACAUGCUUGGUAGGCAAAAUACACCAAAUCAAAUACUGCAUUACAUGCUUGGUAGGCAAAAUACACCAAAUUAAAUACUGCAUUACAUGCUUGGUAGGCAAAAUACACAAAUCAAAUACUGCAUUACAUGCUUGGUAGGCAAAAUACACCAAAUCAAAUAAGGCAUGAUGCCGUCUUGUAGAUGUUGUACAUUCAUGUUAGAAUGCAGGUUUAGCUUUGAUACUAAUUGUUUUACAUUUUUGAUGCCUUAGCAAUUCUUAGUACAAAAUAGGUAAUUUAUGAUCUAGGAUAGGAGAAUUGUAUAAUUUUUGUUGAAAUAUUCUUCAUGCCUCGAUCUUUAUUGUAUGACUUUAUUUACCACCCCAAGCUACAAACUGGCUAAAAGUUUCAUUAUUGAUCAUCUGAAAAUCAACAACACAGUGAAGUUGAACACUAACAAGACCUGAGUGCUGCAUAACUUUUCAAGUUCAGAGUUCACAUGAAGUCUUAACCACCUAUGAGAUGAUAUCUGUGUUUCGAACUUUGUAUUAUUGUUGUGCAAAUUGUUUAUAUUUAAAAGUGAAACUCGGGGUUGUGUCAAAGAAAUGUUAAUACAAUGAGUAUCUUUUGUCAAGUGACCCAUAGAUUUAUUAACCAGGUUUUGUAUCAGUUGUAUAAUUGAUGUGUUUUUAUGUUUUUUUAUAUUUACAAUUGCUUAAAAAGUGUUUUGUCACAUCCAAUAAAUAUUUGAAAUGA